CCGAGGAAGAACAACGAAAUCAGAAGAAAAAAUUAUUGCAGACGGUCAAAACGUGAAUCAAGAAAAAAAAAUCACCAAUUCUUAGAAAAAAGAAUAUUUGCAAUAAAAAGUAUACAGAAGAUUUCCAAUUUUCAUACUUAACCAAAAGAAAUUGGCAAAUUAAUCCAUAAGCGAAAAUCAGAAAAGUGUCCAGGCCAUAGAAUUUUUGUAUUCAAGCAAAAGAAAAAGAUACAUAACUAUCUAGAAAUUUGUUUCUCUUAUAGUCUGAAAAAAGCCAAGUCUCUAAACUAAAAUUAAUUUUGCAAAUCGAAGGUAGUGUGUAUUUACAAAGUGCUGUUUUAAGUGAUAAAUAACACCGUGUUGAAAAUUGUGGCGAAAUUGCAGAAAGUCUGUGUAUAGGCGAUAGUGAAAAAAAUCUAUCGGGAAACAUAUGUGUGACAACAUCUGAUCCAAAGCUCCCCCAUUAGCAAAUUGGGAUAGACGAUUGUUUGUGUUGUCUGGCUGACUGACUGACAUUUGUGAGGACAUCUCAUGAAAAGGAUUAAUUCUCUGUAAAUCGGGUUUUGAAUUUCGAACGGAACAAAAAACAUAUUACCUCAAAUCAAGGACAUAGCCACACCAAUCCAUACGUUCAUUGGAGUUGGUAGUGAGUUAGUUGGUGGUGUAGCCAACAAAAGAAACACCACUUAACAACGGAAAGCCAAAGCUGAGUCACGCAGUGUUACAACACACAACACAAAAAUAUCCCACAAAACAACAGCGGCAACAACACUUCAAUAGUGGCGGCAGUAGCAGCAGCAGCUGUAGCAACACCAGCAACAAAAGUCUCAUAAACCAUACAAAAAAUACACAAACACACACAUCCUGCAAUUUGCGGUAGCAGCAGAAACAGAAACACGCGACUUUAAACCAUCAUCCAUCUCACCAGCCGAAAAGUAGCCCGAAGAGAAGAAAAACUACAGUUGUGCUGUGCAAAAAACAAACCCAAGACGACGACGACGUGUGUGUAAAAGGAGGAAAGUAACACGUUCAGCAAACAAUCAGCCAUUCUUUUUGGGUCAGGCCAAUUGGAGGUGCUCCGGGGGGAGUUAAAACACACCAAAAGCAAAACUAACACACAAGCUCGCCCUCUUACUCACUCGACGUGAAUCUCUCCUACCCCAAUAUCCUCCCCAGCACAACAAUAGGCGACCAUGAGGAGCAACAUUCUGUAGCAUUCUUUGCCACUGCACAACAGCAAAAGUGAAAUACUCGAAAGUUGUUGAUAAAUUAUCCCAAAGUUCAAUUACAACAACUACAACGAAAACGUAAAACAACUAACACAGCCUCCCGUCAUCUCCAACCUUAAACGGCCGCCCUUAACCUUCAGCUUCAUGUUUUGGUUUUCUUUUGAACUCUAUAUCUUCUCAGUCUCUCCGAAACUUCGUUAUUGAAGAACACAAAACAACUCCCAUUUAAAAUUUAAUAAAACAUUUUGAAAUUAUUUUUUUUAAACAAAAAAAUCUGUGAUUUGAAAAAAGAAAACAAAAAAAAUAUAUUAAUAUAUUUUACACUGCACCUAUAAGAUAAAAAAGAAUCAAUAUUUUGGCAUACAAUUUGUGUACUUUUUUAUAAGAAUUCCACACUAUAAUAAAUAAAAAUUGAAAACAAAAAAUAUUUCAACCAAAGAAUAUUAAAAGGAAAACAACAACUGUUGAAAAAAAACGGAAAAUAGCGCUAACGACAACCGCAGCAGGCAGCAGUAGCAUCAACAGCGGCAUCUUUGACAACAAACCAUCAUCGUUAUAUUUUUUCUCUCGCUCGUGGCAUUCUAAGCCAAAAGUUUUUUAAAUGGAAAUCAUUCCUGAAGGCAGACACUUCCGAUUGGUGAAAGAAUCAGAGCUUCCUGAAAUAUUGGUGUAUUUAGAACGUUUUCUACCGGAAUCAUUAAAGUUUCAUCAAACAAUACGAACGUACCUGAAUAAUCGUGUUUGGGAUUUUAAGUUUUAUGUUUCUAAAGAUUGGCCAGAGAAACCCAUCAUCUUACAUUUUCCAGGAUGUACGCUAACGCCCGAAAACAACAUUUAUCGCAGCUUUGGCAUAUUUUGCCCCUCACAACACAUCGAGCAUGUGGAUCUCAUGGAAACCGAAGAUAUACUGAUCGACUGGAAGCUACCAAUGUACCUGAAUUUUACGCACAUUGCUAUUAUGAACCGCCUGGAUGAUUUCUAUAAGAAAAAGGGCGUCAUGGAGAGGCUAGAAGGCGACAUUUAUGUGUGCAAUAAACUCAAUACGGACUUGCAAUUGGAGGAGCUGCCCGACGAUGCGGAAAUACGUCCACUGAAGGUGGAAGAUUGCGAGAACAUACACGAUCUAUAUCCGGCCAAUGAAAUUGAGUGCGUGGAUGUAUUCAAUGUGCUUGUGAGAGUGCUACCCGGCUUGGGUGUCUUCCGGAAAGAUACCAAUGAGUUGGCCGCUUGGAUGGUGCAUUCAUACUACGGCGCAAUGUUUUCCAUGCAAACUCGUCCAAACUAUAGACGCUUGGGAUAUGGCAUUCGUUUGGCUACAGCUUUAACCAAAAUUGUUAUCGAACGAGGCUAUAAACCAUUUGUUGUGAUACGUCCACAGAACGAUGCAUCUCGUAAUCUUUACACUAAGUUAGGGUUUGAAAAGGCGUUUGAAACGUGUCGAGUCAAAUUGACUCCAUAUCCUUUGCAUACAAAUGGUGCCGUCGAACCUUCAGCCCCCGAAUUGGAGACAGAUGCAGCCGAUGCCAACAAAGAGAAUCAGCCCAUUGACGAAGGUAUUGAAGAUAUGCUGGCUGAAAAGUGUGAUAUCAAAGCUGAUGAGGCGGCGGGCCAAACCAAAAAGCCCACUACGGCCGAUGAAGGUAUAGGUGAAGAUAAGUAAAUAAUUAGUUAGGGAUUAUCAAGGCAACAAACAUACACACA